AUGGAGACGCCCACCGGCAUAGCAGCAGACCCUGCCCUAACGGCUCACGGAGUUGACCAGGCCAAGGAACUCGCUGUUCAUCUUGCAGCCAUCCAACCCCCCGUGGAGCAGGUCUACUCCAGCCCCUAUUACCGGUGCCUGCAGACCGUGGAGCCCUAUGUGAAGUGGAGGGUCUCUCAGGGUCAAAGGAAUGCCGCUGUUGAGACGGGGCCCAACGCAACUCCGGUCAAGAUUCGAGGCGAAGCUGGUAUCUCUGAGUGGUACGGUUCUGCCCCGUUUGAUCACCCUAUCCCUGCAGCCCUAGAGAGGUUGAAAGAGUUCUUUCCCAAUCUGGACGAGGCCUACAAGUCGGUAGUAGUGCCGGAGAGAAAGGGGGAGACCAUCAUGCAACUGCACAAUCGGAUCGCACUCGCCUUGCAUAAGUUGAUCGAGCAGUGCGACAGGGAUGGGGUCCGCACCAUCCUGCUCUGCUCUCACGCUGCGCCAAUCAUUGCGAUGGGAAGAGUCCUGACUGGGGUGAUGCCCCAUGAUGUCGAGGAGGAAGACUUCCAUGCCUACACCUGUGGGCUGACCACGUAUCGCCGAAGGAGAAAACUGCCCGCUGAGAAGCCGGAGAGCCAAGACGAGCAGCAGGCGAGAGGGGCGGCUGAUCCACCGGCAACUGAGCCGGGCGUCCGGGCGAUGGUGGUGGAAGGCGAGCAGAAGCGGCCGAUACCCGAUGAGGUCAUUCAGCCAGCAACAAGGGCGAAAUCGCAGCUUGCAGAUCCCUCUAGUGCGAAAGGGGAGAAAAUGCUACCGUGGAUGCAUGGUUUGGGAGUUGGAGGUGGUUGGGACUGUCUGAGUGACAGCGACUGCAGCUUCCUUAGCGCUGGAGAAGAGAGAGGCUGGCGCUUCAGUGGCGACGAAGCCUUUGUCGGUGCUCGCCCCGAUGGCCCAGAUCAAGUGGACGCCGGGAUAUCCCUUGGGGUCGUGGUUGAGGGAAGACAUCAAGCAGGCCAUCCCCACAAGGAAGCGGGAAGUUCGCGGCUAUAG